ACCGGGAAAUGGGUCGCGUCACGCCGAUAACAGCGGAAGAUAUCACGAAGCUGUGUGAAGCCGUUCCUCCGGAUUUAGCGGAACUCAUUCGAAAAUACCCCGAGAUUUUCCCGGACGAUCUACCCACCGGACUUCCGCCAAGCCGACCCGAAGACCAUCGCAUAGAGCUGGAACUAGGCGCACAACCGAUAGUACAGCGACAAUUUCGGCUCAGCCAACCUGAACUCGAAGAAUUGCAGCAGCAGCUGGAUUACCUCCUGACGAAGGGUUUUAUCCGACCCAGCACGUCCCCAUACGCCGCCCCGAUACUGUUCACACCGAAAAAAGAUGGAGGAUUCCGCAUGUGCAUCAACUACCGCGCGCUCAACCGCAUCACCAUCAAGUCCCGUUACCCGAUCCCGCGAGCCGACGAUCUCCUCGACCAACUUCGCGGAGCCAAGUUCUUCUCAAAAAUCGACCUGCGAGGAGGUUACCAUCAAAUUCGCGUCGCCGCCGACGAUUGUCACAAACCCGCUUUCCGAACCCGCUACGGCAGUUACGAAUACCCGGUGAUGCCCUUUGGCCUCACGAACGCUCCCUCGACUUUUCAGAUGACUAUGAACGGUCACUUAAAGGAUCUUGAUGCAGUCUUCACGCUGCUGCACAAGAAUCGCCUCAUCACGAAAGGGUCUAAGUGCGAUUUUCUUAAGCAGGAGUUGGAGUUUUUGGGACACGUCGUCUCUACCGAAGGCGUGAAAAUCGACCCCAAGAAAAUCAAGACUAUCCAGGAAUGGAAGCCGCCGACCAACCCUAAGGAACUGCUGAGUUUUCUGGGUUUCGUCAACUACGUCCGCCGCUUCAUCCCCAAUAUGGCUGGGUUAUCUGCUCCACUAACUGACCGCCUGAAGGAUCACGACUGUUUUUGGUGGGGAGAGAAGCAGCAAGCUGCAUUCGACCAACUCAAAAUCGCCCUCACGUCGCCGCCCAUACUUCGCAUCUCCGAUCCCGACCGUCCAUACGAAGUCGUCACCGUCGCCAGCGACAUCGCCAUCGGUGCAGUUCUCCUACAGGAUUUCGGCGACGGGUUACAACCAGUCGCCUACGAAUCACGGAAGCUGCAGGGCGCGGAGAAGAACUAUACAGUACACGACAAGGAAAUGCUGGCGAUCGUGCACGCGUUCAAAACCUGGCGGUGCUACCUGACAGGAGCUGAUGUCACGGUGCGGACGGACCACAAAUCCUUACAGUAUCUGCGCGCCCAACCGAAUCUCAACCCGCGACAGAUCCGAUGGCUCGAUUUCCUCGAGUCCAAUUUCCAUUACACCAUCACCUACAAACGGGCGUGGUACUUCUCGCAUUUGGGUGCCGAGCUACGAUUUACUUCGUACCCUCCUAAUCCAAGAAUCCCACGACAACCCUACCUCAUGACAUUUCGGCUUGAUAAAACCACGAAGAUGUUGCAGCGGAAUUAUUACUGGCCGAACAUGGCCGAUGACGUGCGCAAGUACGUGUCCUCCUGCACUGCCUGCCAUAUUAUGAAAUCGUCGCAUCAGCGAGCAGCCGGACUACUACAGCCGUUGGAUCCGCCCGGGCGACCCUGGCAACAGGUCACGAUGGACUACGUGACAGGACUACCGGCCGGUCCCAGCGGAAACGAUGUCAUCCUCGUGGUCGUUGACCAACUCACGAAAAUGGCGCACUUCAUCGCCUGCCAACAGACAAUCACAGCCGAACAAACCGUGCGACUGUUCCUCACGAACGUCAUCCGACUGCAUGGACUGCCCUCCGCCAUCAUUUCAGACCGAGACCCGAAAUUCACAUCGAAUUUCUGGCGCCAGCUGUGGGACCAAUUCGGCACCAAACUCCAAUUUUCAUCCGCCUACCACCCACAAACCGACGGGCAGACCGAACGCGUCAACCAGACCAUGGAACAACUGAUUCGCACUACCUGUACUGACCCAUCAACAUGGGAGCAAUCUCUUCCGCUGCUCGAAUUCGCGUAUAAUAACGCGACCUCCGCCACAACCAACCAGUCCCCAUUCUUCCUCAACUACAGACAGGACCCAGUAGUACCCUCUACACCGACCAUCGAGUCACCC